AAGCCUCUGUUGAAAUUAAUCUAACAAAGAAAGAAACGACGUUUGUUCAAAUCUUUAGAUGAAAGUUCAUUCAGUACCUUUUAUUAAAAUUAACAUAAUUCAAGAAGUGAUUAUUCUUCCGACAUUACUCGAUGUCGGGACUAACUGGACGCAUUUCUUUAUCAACCCUUUCAACAGUGCGCCAAGUAGCCGCUGAACAUGGCGUUGUUUUGAGGAACUUGUAAUCUAGGCAAGGCUAGAUUCUAUCAAGAAGAGCUCUCUCCGUUCACGUCAGAGCUGUCUUUGUUCCAGAAGUUUACACACUGAGCACCUCUAUGACCUGUUAAGGACUCAAAAGAAGGAGACUCACAAUGGACAGCACCGAGUCCAAGUCAACUGUUGCUGUAGAGCUUGUACCAGACGCUGAACUGUCUGCUCCUUCUAAUUUAUCUGCUCUCAGUGAUUUGAAUGAGACGGAAACAUUUGCUAAUGAUGACUCUCCUGGCUCAGAUCAAGAUCAGGCAGAAAAUGACAAGACAAAUGAUGACAGCUUGGGACCAGGGGAAGAGGCUACAUCUGACAGUGCUGAUCGAAGCCAAACGUCUGAAGUGCCAGUAACAGAGGAAGAUGCCGAUGAACAGACAGCUGAAGAAUCUGAAGCUGUGACUCAAGAUGUUAGCGAGCAGGAAGAAGCAGCAGAGUCUAGCGCUGUGACGGAGGGUUGUGCUGAUGUGUCCGCAGAGUCAGGGACUCUUCCUCAAGCUGUGGAACCACCAGAGGAGGAGGUCACCGGUGCGGAAGCCGGAAGCUCAGUUGCACCCAAGCGGCAGAGGAAAGCCACGGCUAAAGUGCUCGAGAUGGAAGAAGUGAAGAUGCACCCAGUAGUGACCCCUGGUCCUGCAAAAAGAGGCAGAAAGCCGAAAGGGAAAGCUGUACCAAAAACGCCUGAGCCAGCCAAACAAGCAGAACAGUCAGCGAGCCCUGUGGUGGACUCGCCGGCAACACCAAGAACGAAAACCAGAGAGCUGCCAAAUGGAUGGUCCAUGAAAGCCGUACAGCGUCUGACUGGUGCAUCUGCCGGCAAAUAUGACAUCUAUUAUUUCAGCCCAGAGAAUGUCAAGUGCAGGUCCAGGACAGAUGUUACAAACUACGCUGUGAAAUACAAAGCUGACCUAGACAUGGAGCUCUUUGAGUUCAGCAUGUCAAAGCUACAGCAGAAAGGAUUGGUUGACACAGAUGAUGUGGUGCUGGCGAGGAAAAAAAGCAGCUCUGUUCCACAAAAGGCUGAGAAGGCUCAGGCUCUGAAAGUGAAGCCAGAGAGUGGUGUGAAGAAAGCCAAAGGUCGGCUGAACAAUAAAUCCCUGUUCAAAAAUGCUAAACUGUCUAUAGCGGAGGGAGAGGGGCAUGUUCAAGCAAAGUCAAAAGGCUUAUUCUCUAAGAAAAAACCUGUUGAAGUGGAGGACAGCCCGCAGAAACUACAGAAACUUGUAAUUAGAAUGCCCUUUGGUAGUAGUAGCAAGGGAAAAAUGACCAAGAAAGAGUCUAGUCAGAUCUGCUCAUACUUUGCUCCAGACGAAAUGGCAGCUGAGGCUGAGAUGGUGACGGAAGAAAUUCCAAUGGAGGACGAGCAGUUUACAAAGUUGGUGGGAAAGGCUACUAAAAGGAAAGGGACUUCUCCCAUCAAGGGAGUGCCAGUCAAGGGUCAACCAGGGAAGAAAAAGAAAAUGGGGCGCCCGAAAAAGAACGCUAAUGACAGCACUGAAAAUAUUUCUCAAGACACUACGGCGAACACAAGUUUGCUGGGCUCGUCUUUAGAUGCCUCUGCUAUGGACACCACAGCUGACACCAGUGUUGUAGAUCCAUUCGCUUUCCCUGAUGAUGAUGAUGAUGUUCCAGAACCGAGUUCUAUGCUAAUGUCAAGUAUAAAAAGUUCUGCUCCUGUACAGAAGAAAAAAGUAGGCCGCAAACCUAAGAAGAGAGGGCGCAAGCCCAAACAAAGCCCGGCAGCCCAAGUUGAGGCUCCGUCAGAGAGUAAUGAUGCUGAGGAACCUGCUACUGAUGAGGUCAUUCCUGCUCCGGAGAUUGUUGCUGAUGAAGCAGCACCUAUGGUUGUAGAAGAAGAGCAGCCGGCAGCCCCUGAGGAGACGCCGAUGGUCAGUCCCCCACCUGUUGUAGCUGUUGACACACCAGUUGUCAAGAAAAAGAGAGGCCGUCCGCCGAAACGAAAACCGGAAACAACCCCUGUUCCCACUGAGCAGGAAACCCCUGAAUCCACGUUGCAGCAGACUGCUGAUUCUUCACAACUGGAAACUCCUCCUGCGGAGAACGAGUCUGCAGAGGUGACACCAAAGAAGAGCGGUGUGGAGGAACUGUCCUGGGAGGACUACCAGAAGCAGUUGGGAGGUGAGAAGGAAGAACAGAAACCUGACACAUCUCCACAUUUAGACGACGAGUACGAUGACCGGAAAAGUCUGCCAGAUGAAGAUACAGAGAAUUCCAUCUCAGACUUCCUGGCCCUUCAGAGCUAUAUCAAAGCCCCCAAAUUUUUGACGGCUGAUUACAUGCUCAGUGAUGCAAUCAACAUGAAAAGCAAGUAUUUCAAGAAGUCCAACACAGACAAUCUGGCUCCACUCAAACUGAGGCGAGAUGAUAAGUGGGUUCCUCCCCGCUCCCCAUUCUGUCUCGUACAAGAAUCUUUGUUCCACGACCCAUGGAAGCUAUUGAUUGCAACUAUUUUCCUCAACAAGACUACAGGUCGCCAAGCAAUACCCACCCUGUGGAAGUUCCUCAACCGCUGGCCGACCCCGGAAUGUGUUCACAGUGACGACCUUGAGGAGAUGGCUUGCCUCUUGUUUCCCAUUGGUCUCAACUAUACUCGAUCCAAGACCAUCAUCAGAUUCUCAGAGGAGUUCCUUACAAAAAGAUGGACAUAUCCCAUUGAACUCCAUGGCAUUGGGAAAUAUGGCAAUGAUUCAUAUCGGAUCUUCUGCGUCAAUGAAUGGAAGCAGGUGGAGCCGACAGACCACAAGCUCAAUGACUACCACCAGUGGCUCUCAGCCAACCAGAAGCAGCUGGGAUUAAGCUGAACUUGAGGUCUGCGAAUUCUGAGAGAGCCUUGCGGCUGGUUGUAGGAGCUGAAGAUGUUCCAAGUACCGAAGCUUGAAAUGAGACAGAUUUAUUUGGCUGUUUUGUCCAAUGACAUGGGUCAACAAGUGUAGACAAAGAAGUAAAAGUAAAGUGUAGUCCCCCCCCUCCCCCCAUUGUUUGAAAUGUUUGAACUGCUUGACCUUGUCCACAACAUUCAUUCCAUGAUCACCAUGAGGGUCAGGGCUAUAUCUCUUGGGAGCAGGAAACAGUGGGCUGUAAUUCCCUACCCUAGAAUUACAAAGUUCUAUCUGCUCUCAGUACCUAGUUUUGAGAAAUUUUAUAUAAAAAAUUUUGAC